GGCCUUUCGUUCGCGCCGGGCCGGAAGAGAUGCACCCGGUGUCCGCCCUCGCUGCCAUUCCUGUCGCACUCCUCCUGAGCUCGCGCCUCCGCUUCUUGCACCCCAAGUUUAGCGUGCCGGACCCGACAACCUGCGCCGUGCUCAUCACCGGCGUGAGCGGAGGGUUUGGCGCAGCGUUUGGCAAUGACCUUGCGGGGCUCGGAUUUAUCGUUUACGGCACCGUCCGCAAACAGGAUGACGCCGACGCCCUCGCUGCUGGCGGUGUGAUCCGGCCGGUUGUGCUGGACGUGAGCCGGCCCGAGGAUGUCACUGCAGCAGUCGACCGGAUCGGCAGCGAGCUGCGGGCGGAGGGUCGCCGCCUGUGCGCGGUGGUGAAUAAUGCGGGGUUGACCGGCAUGGAUCGCACGCGCCACCUCAAGACUGAGGUGGUUGGCGCUGAGCACUAUGAGCGCGUGUUCAAUACAAAUGUGAUGGGAAUGGUGCAGGUGACCGAGGCGUUCCUGCCGCUGCUCAAGGUGGCGUCCGGGCGCGUGGUCAACAUCGGGUCGUACUUUGGGAGCUUCGCGCCAGGGAUCCCUCCCUUUGCCCCUUACAUCGCCUCGAAGCACGCCGUUGAGGGCCUCACUGAUGUGUGGCGGCGCGCCCUCCGUGGCGCGGGCAUCUCCGUCAGCCUCGUCAAGCCAGGAGACUUCUCGACGAAGCUGAACCCUCUACCCGGUGCUAAGAAGGAUCUAACUCCUGUGGUUGAGGCCGUGCGCGACGCAAUCACCUCCCCCUCCCCGCUCGCUCGCUACCACGUUGGCAGCGUGGCGGUGAAGCUGAAGGGCCUCCCCGUCGCGAUCGCGUGCCGCCUGCUGCAGGUCGUGCCAGACGUGGUGGUGGACGCCGUGCUGCGGUAAGAAGGAGCAUUGCUCGGUGGGAUCGCGCGCGCGAUGAUUUCAUCUCGCAGUUGCGCGCGUGUGUCGAUACGCGAGGAGCAAAAAUGACGGAGGACCGACGGAGCGCGCGAGCGCCGUCGUGUAAAUUUGAAUCAUGAAUGAGAAACUCAGCGC